GUCGUAUCACAAUUCAAUUUGGCUGCUGCUAUAAUUAUGCGACUGAUGGAAAGGGGCGACCCCCAGGCAUCCUUCAAGAUGAGUUUGUGGACCCCCUACCACCAUUCCUGUUGGAAGUCGUCAACCGAAUGGUGCGCUGGAGAGUCUUACCGGCGUCCAAGGCACCAGAUUCAUGCAUUAUCAACAUCUAUGAUGAGGACACCCUGGACCAGAUUCUCCAAGCCCUACAUAGGCGAGGAAUCAGGCAAGCAGCUUUGUCGUCGCUGCCAUUCUCAGCGAUGACAGGCCCCUAUGCCACUCAGUCCGGACCAACACCAAGCGGUACGUCAACAGCAGCCAUGUCUCAGAUUGUUGCUUCUUCAUCUUCUGGUCCAACGGUUGGAGCUACGCCACAACCGCCACCUGUCUCACCAGUGGGACAACAACAACCAUGGAACCCCAAGACCCCACUGAAACCACCUCCAACCUUCUCAAGAGAUAAGAAGGAUGAGGCGCUUGACGCUUGGUUGAGAACGGUUCCAGUGUGGGUCAGGGCGAAGAGGACGCUGGUAGAGGAGGAGGUGAUGAAUGUUGCAUCCUACUUAGAGGGUUCAACAGCUCGUUGGCUUAAUGGAUUGGUGGCUUCCAAGGGUUUCGGCAGGAACAUGGGUGAUUGGGCCAAGAGCAAAACCCUGGAGAGUUGUAUGGACUUGGUAGAGGCGUGGUGGCAUAACCCUAAGCAGGCGCAGAUAGCCACUGAUGGGUUACUGAAACUUGAUGGUAGGAAGUACGAGUCGGUGCGCGAACUUACCACGACUGUAGAGUGUUUGAUUGUCGUCCCAGGCGUGGAGUACAAUCCACAGGUCUUGUUGACCAUGUUCUUGAGGUGUCUUCCCACAGACAUCAAGAACUUGUUAGCCAGCGAAGCUCGACUCGAGUAUCACACUUUUGAGACAUUCAGCAAGAAGGCCCUAGACUUAGAGGCUACGCUGGGUGGUGCUCAAACCCCCCCUACGGACGGGAGGAAGAAGAAGGCUUCACAAGAAUGGAAGAAGAAGGGUAGUCGGCUGAUGAUGGUUGAUUCUGAAGGAAAUCAAACUGAAAUCGAUGAUGUUUCUGAACUUGUGGAGAGUGCAGAGUUAGACGGCGAGGAUAGUGCUGAGGGUAGCAACCUCGCCGUUGUAGUCAAGACCAAGGCAAGUGGCCGAGGCAAGGGCAGUCAACAAAGGAGUCAGAGGCAGGCCGCUAACCCAAACAAAAUAACUGCUUGGGUUAGAGCAGGCUUGGAUCAAGAUGUGUGGCGAGACCGAUGGCAGUGUGGAGCUUGCAUAAACUGCGGCGAGUAUGGCCAUCAGCAGUUUAAAUGCAAUAACGCUAAGGUUGCGCAAAAGAUCCUGCCUAAGGGUGGGUAUCCUUCUUCUCAGUCUGGGGCCUCUACGAGCUCCAGCUCGGGAAACACAUAGGGCCAGUAGAAGUUGUAGCUGCUUCUACUCUCAUUGAAGUGGGUGAUGUACCCUCCCCGUUUCAAGAGUUGGCCGAAGUUGUUCCUUAGCCACCCCGCAGACGCAUCCGGACCCAACUAUACUCUGUAUGUUGGAUGUGUCUGAAGCCUUAGAGGACCUUCAAGGUGAGUGGUCGGCAAGGGACCCUCGUGAGUCCUGGGUGGUUGUUACAUGCCCAGUUGGGCGAUGUUCAUAAUAACCGAGGAUCCGCAAUGUGAUAAAAAGGACCGAAUGGAUAAUGCAGUGCAAGUGGAAUCUCAACAAGCAAUGUGCAGUCUGAUACAUACAAAAUGGUGCUUUAUAGCGCUGGGAAGACUUUAGAUACAAGUCUCGACCUGACCGGGACUGACCUCUACCACGUAGUGCAAGACAACGCAGCAGAAUGCUAGAAUACCAAUGACUAGCCCAAUCAAUGUUGCAACGUAGA